AUGACCCGAAGACACGCAGUCGGUCUCGACAAGCCAUGGGCUUCUCAGAUAGCCGCCCAGCUGCCUGACUAUUCUUAUGCCCAGCCGGCCGCAGCUACUCCAACUCCGGCUCCCGAAGCUCCCAAGCCAGCUGCGACCGAGGCACCCAUCAACCCCAAGGACUACUCGCUGCCGUACUGCCAUUUCAUGACCUCAAAUCCCACCAUCUUCCAUGCUGUUGACUCCUUCGCCAAGGAGCUCGAGCAGCACGGCUAUAAGAAGCUUAGCGAACGCGCUGUGUGGACCUCCGACCUGAAGCGGGGCGGCAAGUUCUACGUUACACGUAACAGCAGCUCGCUGAUUGCAUUCAAUAUUGGAAAGGAUUAUGAGAGUGGUAAUGGUGUGGCUAUUGUCGCUGGUCACGUGGAUGCUCUGACCGCGAAGCUGAAGCCCGUUUCGAAGCUCCCUACCAAGGCUGGCUUUCAACAGCUGGGCGUUGCUCCAUAUGCUGGUGCAUUGGGCCCAACUUGGUGGGACCGUGAUCUCGGUAUUGGUGGCCGUGUUUUGGUCAAGAACUCAGAGGGCAAGGUUGAGACUAAGUUGGUAAAGCUGGACUGGCCCAUCGCUCGUAUUCCUACCCUGGCUCCUCACUUCGGAUCGCCCGCAAAUGGCCCUUUCAACCCAGAGACCCAGAUGGUUCCUAUUGUUGGUGUUGAUAACUCGGAUCUGUUUGAAAAGUCAGCCACUCCAUCGGUGGAUAUCAAGGCUGGAUCCUUCGCUUCUACCCAGCCGGAGAAGCUCGUUAAGGUUAUCGCUAAGGAGAUUGGCGUUACGGAUUACAGCUCCAUUCUUCAGUGGGAGCUUGAACUAUUUGACACCCAGCCUGCUCAACUGGGUGGAUUAGAUAAGGAUCUGAUCUUUGCUGGUCGUAUUGACGAUAAGCUUUGCUGCUAUGCUGCUCAUCAUGGUCUUCUGGCCUCCGACGAUAACAAGUCAAGCGGUAUUGUGAAGAUGGUCGGCAUGUUUGAUGACGAGGAGAUUGGCAGCCAGUUGCGUCAAGGCGCCCAGUCAAAUUUCAUGAGCAGUGUCAUCGAGAGAAUCACCGAGGCCUUUGCCACCGGAUCUUACGGUCCCAACCUUCUCUCCCGCACUGUUGCUAACAGUUUCUUGGUUUCCUCGGACGUCAUUCAUGCUGUCAACCCUAACUUUCUUAACGUUUACUUGGAGAACCACUCCCCACGUCUUAAUGUCGGUGUGACAGUCUCUUGUGAUUCCAACGGCCACAUGACAACUGAUAGCGUCAGCCAUGGUCUUCUGAAGGAAAUCGCAUCUCGAUCUGACUCGACCCUUCAGGUCUUCCAAAUCCGAAAUGACUCUCGCAGCGGUGGUACUAUCGGUCCCAUGACCAGUGCGCGCAUUGGUAUGCGUGCCAUUGAUUGUGGUAUUCCCCAGCUCAGCAUGCACAGCAUUCGUGCAACCACUGGUAGUGAAGACCCCGGACUGGGUGUCAAGCUCUUCAAGGGUGUCUUUGACCACUUCGAAGAGGUUGACAAGGAGUUUGCGGCUUUUUAA